AUGAAACUUGGACAGUCCGGUCUGUAUAUUGAUGGUGAAAGUCCAAAACACGAGAGGUGUCUGCUUGGCAUAUAUUACUCACAGACACCUCAAAAACACAAAGACAGUGUUACCAGUUCUUUUGAAGGUUUAUCUGGAAAUGUGAGAGUGGUGUGUGCAUCAACUUCACUCAGUAUGGGAGUUGACUUCAAACAUGUUCAGUAUGUUGUGCACUAUGGGCCUUCCAAGAACCUCACAAGUCAUCUACAGGAAGCAGGACGUGCUGGACGAGAUGGAAGGGAGGCUUUCCACAUAAAAGUUUAUCAAGGGAGACACCUUGUUACGUGUGAACCUGAUGUAAAAGCAGCUGUCCGGAAGUCACCAACAUCAUGUUGCCGCAUUGCCUUCCUUGAAAGCUUUGACGACAAAGUCUGUUCCAUUUUACCCCUUCACAGCUGUUGUAAUGUGUGCCAUAAGAAAUGUAAAUGCGCGGGUUCUGAUUGCUUUAUACCUAUUCCAAUAUUUGAUUGUGAACGUGCACCUUCCACUGUAGACCUAGAAAAAUCUAGGACAGUUUCAGAGGAUGAAAUAUUGUGUCUUAAGGAUUUCUUAUAUGAAGUUAAAAGUUCGCUUUCUUCAGAAUCAAAGGUGCGGAUGUUUGACACCACAGGAGUCGUUGGACAUGGCCUAUCUAAUGCAUUAAUUGAAACAGUUGUGAGUAAUGCAUAG